UAUGAGAAGCACUAAACGAAACCAACAGGAGCUCUGAUAAAUACGUAAUAAAAAAAAAAUUAAACUGCGAAAUAAUUAUGAUCACUUCACUGUGAGCCGGAAAAUUUCUGUGUGUGUUUGUGUGUCAAUGACAGCAAUGUGUCAUAACACACUCAUACACAAAAUGGCGGAGUAAACAUAAAUUAAAAUAAUCAGCUGAAUUAAUAUAAUACAUUGUUUACAAUAAUAUUGAGUAUUUUUGUGAGGUCAUUACAAAGGUCACAGUUAGGCAUUUUAAUUAUAAUUAUGGCUAAUGAUUCAGCUGAUUUGGAGGAACAGUGUGAAGAUGCUGUCUUUGAAUUAUCAGAUACCAGAGAAAGAUAUCCAAAAAAAUGUGCUGAAUUGUUUAAACAAUCACUUCAGCUUGAAAGUCAAAUUGCUAUGCAACCUGUUGAAUUAAAUAAACCAAAAAAGUUACCAAAACCAGUUAUCACAGAUUAUCAGAAAGAAUUGUUUAAUAAAUUUAUGGAAAAAAAUUUAUCAAAUGAUUUAGAUAAAUAUAAAAAAAUGACAAAUGAAAUUCAAAAUUUAAGAAUAAUAUUGGAUCAAAUGAAAAGAGACAAAUCAUCAUCAAUUAAUUAA